AUGGUCGCUGUCGCUGCUGCUUCGCUGGCUCAGCGAACACGCCUACGCAGCACACCAAUGCUCGUUUCUGCAGCUCGUCUUCCCGUCACUGCCGCUUCUACCUCGCGAGCCUCGCGCGGCUUGGCAAGUGCUGCUGCAUCGACGCCGGCGCAAAGACCGUCGAGCUUGAGCACCACGCUGGCUUACAAUCGUGCCACUUUUACCCGGGUAGGCGUCGCAUUCCGCGCUCAGUCAAAUCUGCUGGCUGGCAAGCCGUUUUCGUCAGCUAUCGCGCGUCGAAAUCUCUCGUUCUGGAGUUCGUCCAAACCAGCGAGCACCACAUCGGGUGACCAGUCAUCAUCGCUCUCUUCGGAAAUCGAGACAAAAAAGGAGCAGGUCAUCGAUGCUGUCAACGAUCUGAGCCAGUCGUCCAAGGCCUCGAUCCACGACGUUGAAUCCUCCCUGUCCGAAGGCUUGCAUUCCACACAGCAAGCAGCUUCCGAUGCCGUCUCGACUCUGCAGUCGAAAGCCUCGCAAGUGUCUUCCACUCUGACCGAACAGUUGAGCAAUGUGGAUGCUACCGCAGCUUCCACCGUCACCGAAGCCUUCAGUGGAGCUAUGGGUGUCAUACCAGGCGAGUUGACCGAACUCGGCCUGAACCACUGGGUCACACCACCCGGUUGGAUCACCAACCUGCUCGAAUUCGUCGGCACCACCACCGGUCUUCCCUGGUGGGGCACCAUCACCAUCACCACAGUAGCACUCCGUCUUUUGAUCGCACCCAUCUCGAUCGCAGGUCAAAAGAACGCCAUCAGGCUGGGUAACAUCCAACCCGAGAUGAAACGCAACAUGGACGACAUCAAACAUUACAAGGCUGCUGGUGACCAGAUGCAGAUGCAGAAAGCCGUCAUGGCCACCCAGAAACUGCUCAGGGAUAACAAUGCCAACCCGAUCAAAUCACUCGUUCCGAUCCUCUUCCAAUUCCCACUCAUGUUCAGCUACUUUUUGGCGCUCGAGAGGAUCGCAAAGUCCGGUUCCGAGAGUUUCGCCCACGGAGGUCCUUUCUGGACCACCGAUCUGACUGUUCCCGAUCCCACCUGGAUCUUGCCCGCCAUCUCGACUCUGGCGACUUUCGCCGUGGCUGAAGUGGGCUUCAAGGUGGGCACCAACAGCCAGUCGGAUCCUGCACAGAGUCAGAUGAUGAAGUACAUCUUCCGAGGUUUCAUGCCCAUCCUUGCGUGGUUCUCGACAACCUUUCCUUCCGGCGUGUUGGUCUACUGGGCCACCACGAACCUCUACUCGUUGGCACAGCUGGCAAUUCUCCAAGUGCCCUUGGUAAGGAAAUGGGCAAAGUUCCCCAAGAGAAUCACUCACCCCAAGAACCCAUAUCAGCAAGAAGCAAACACUUUCAUGGACAAGUUGAGGGCGGCGAAAGAUCGGAUGUCGGAUUCUAGCGCGACGCACAAGCCGGUCAAACCGGUGGCUGCCACCAGCACUGCUAGCACCACGCCAACUCAGACAAGCUCCAGGUCAGACGCGUUGAACGAGAUCCUCAAUGACAAGUCGACGUACGAGGCUAGCGCCACCACCACCAAUGCUGACGCCCAGUCCACCGCCGCUCAAAGGAACCGGGAGCGUGUCCUCAAGGCUCGUCAGCGUCGCGCUCGCCAAUAG